AGAAAAAGAAAAAACAGCUCCGGCCGCAGCGGCCACGGCCUUCCCUUCCCCCUCCUCCCUCCGUAGCUCCUUCCUCCACCAGCUAUCGGCGCCGCCGCGGACGCCUCCCCCGCAUGCUCGGCUCUUCCUCCGAGCCCUCUCCCUCGCCGUCUCCUGUUUCCAGGCGACAAGCGCGCGAUGGGCAAGGAGAAGAGGAAGAAGAAGAUGAAACGGGAGAGGGCGGAGGCGGCGGCCGAGAAAGCGCUGGAAACCAUGCGGCUGGAUGUGCAGGCCGCAUCGGCAAAGGCGCUCCAAAACUUGCGCCUGCUGUCCGUGCGCCUGGUGACCGUGCAGGGGGAGGUCGCCAAGGCGCUGCUGGACCUGCAGGUUGCGGCCGCGUCUCGAGCAGAUUCGAGCAACUUGUCUGCGGAGACAACAAGCAGCAGCCGCAGCAGCAACAUGGGGCGGUGCCACCACUUGGGCUUGGACAGCGAGUCGCCGGACACGGCUGAGGAGCUCCUGCACGAGAACAAGGAAGAUAUGCUGCUAUUGCACGUUGAUUCUACUAAAGUGAAGGAAUUGGUAGCAGAUUCUCACAAUCCAGAAGAGAAGGAGAAAGCUCAGAGCAGGGAAACUGUUCAUGAUGUGGCAGAACAUAUGAACUCUCUUCCGUCAAUUGGGGACUGCCUGAAACUGUUUUCGCAUGGCCUGACAGAUUGUAACAACUGUUCCGAGGUUGCCGCUGAGCUGCCAGAAACCGAUGGAAGUAAAAAUGUCGAACACAUCAUGGCAAGUAGCAAUGUAAAUACAACUAUUGAUGGAGACCAGACUGAAAUGUCAGACAUGAAAACAUGCCCAAGUGACUUUGGUAGCUUGUCGGCAGAAUCUCCAAGUAGGCAACCAUAUCUUCCAGAUUCACAUCAUCAGGUUACACUCUCUGAGGACAUAACUUCUGAAGAAGUCACUUCAGGGAAGAGCUGUGGUGAAAAGGACUUGACCUCCUGCAGCACAGCCCAUGAAAAAACUGAAAGUCAUGAAGGUGUUCAAGAAGCUGCGCUUAGUUGCCUUACAACUGAUGAACAGACUGACUUGCUGAGUACUCAGAAUAUUCAGGAUACCAGCACUCACAAACACAGCAGUGGAAAGCAGGUAAUGUAUGAUCGUGCUCAGCAAGUGGCGGGAAAACAAAAUAAGCAGACAGCAACUCAAACACGAUUGAUUAGCAAGCUGCCGCCUGUGUUAACCAUUCAACUUGAGAGACCUGCAUCCGGUCUUCCUAAAUUGAGUGGGCAUGUGAGCUUUAAGGAGAUUCUUCAAGUAGGACCAUUCAUGGACCCCAGGUCCGAGCUGCUUGAGACUAUUUCCUGCAAAAGUUGCUCACAUAAUGAAGUUACACAUAAUUCAUUACAUGUUCUUCAACCAGAGGACUCUCCAGCCAGAAGCAACCCUUUGCAAGCUGAUUCUACUAAAGUGAAGGAAUUGGUAGCAGAUUCUCACAAUCCAGAAGAGAAGGAGCAAACUGAGAGCAGCGAAAGUGUUCAUGAUGUGGCAGAACAUAUGAACUCUCUUCCGUCAAUUGAGGACUGCCUGAAACUAUUUUCACAUGGCCUGACAGUUUGUAAGAACUGUUCCAAGGUUGCUUCUGAGCUGCCGGAAACUGAUAGAACUUCAGGGAAGAGCUGUGGUCAAAAGGACUUAGCCUCUUGCAGGACAGCCAAUGAAAAAGCUAAAAGUCAUGAAGGUGUUCAAGAAGCUGCUCCUAGUUGCCUUACAACUGAUGAACAUGUACUGGAUGAUCAUAAUGCCCAACGAGUGGAGGAAACCCAAAAUGAGCAGACAGAUGUUGAUGGUACUGCAAGCAAAACAGAAUUGAUUAGCAAGCUGCCACCUGUAUUAGCCAAUCAACUGAAGAGGUACACCCCUGCAGAUAUGGACUGUUGCAUUCAAUCUGAGAAGAAGAGUGACCUGCUGAGUGCCCAGGAUAGUACGGAUGUGACUAGUUGCCUCGGAACUGAGAAUUCUAUGGAUAGCCAAGUAUUCGUGAAAACAGUUUCUGGCACAACUUUAUCAGUACAGAUUGAUCUAACAAAAACUUCUACAGAGCUGGGACAACUUAUUGAGAAGAAGGCUGUGUUCAGUCAGACUGAGCAAUAUUUGGAGUGUGAGGGUCGCAUAUUAAAACCCAAAUUAAAACUAUCAGAACAAGGAAUUGACAGGGGCUCAACCAUAAUGAUCCGUUCAAGGCUCUGUGGUGGAAUGGUUGUAUUUACCGACAUUCCCUUAGAGGAUAUUCUUCAGUCGAAACAGAUCCCGGGCCGAGCUGACACUGAACUAGAAUAUACAGACCUAGGAUUGACGACCCUGAGAGGUGUAUUGAGGUCCGCAAUCGACACUAUCGAUGCCGGAAGAUGUUGGACUGGAACAUUGGGAUUAGAGGAUUUCUCUGUUGAUGAAAAUGGUAUGGUCCACCCGAAUCGAGCUGCUACAGCUAACGCCAUACCUCGCCUAAUUCGUAGAAACCUUCAAGAUCUUGCAACCUCCAUCAAGAAUCAUUUUUCAGUUGAUGGAAAGUGGCCAGCGUAUUUGGAAAACCUCAUUAAGAAACUACGGAAGAGCACCCUUGUCUGGGACCAAGCUGAGCAGAGGCAUCGUCUGUGCUGGGUGUACAGAUUGGUGUUGCUUUCUCAUUUUGCUGGUCUUCCGUCAAUGUGCAGGGCAAACAUCGUUUACCAGUUAAAGAUAUUGUUUGAUUCUCUUGACCCAUAUCAAAAAGCGGAUUUCAGGUAUGCCCUACGCAGAUGCAAAUUAAAUGGUGAUUGGAUUGAAUUGGUGUCAACGGAUCCAGUGGUCAUGGUAACCUUCAAUAAAGGCGACUACAGAGGAAUGGACCGUACCACCCCAUUCUUCUUAUCAAGAAAUUAUUUUAGUCAUUGCUUCUACAAUAGCUGGGAUAAUAAUAAUGUUCUGUUGUAUGAUUGUGAUUCCGGUUUGGAGAUACUAAUGUCCCUGUGCUUGGGAGAUUAUUUGGCGGAUCUCAUCUCUGAAUUAUUCAAUUUUUUUGAUCUGUAUGAUCUGCUGAGGUCUUGCUGCCCGGGCCUGAACCUGUGAACCACUGAUGCAACGCUUGUUUUAGUCUCCAACAGUGAACCUGUGAACCACUGAUGCAACGCUUGUUUUGGUCUCCAACAGUGAACCUGUGAACCACUGAUGCAACGCUUGUUUUGGUCUCCAAAAGUGAACCUGUGAACCACUGAUGCAACGCUUGUUUUGGUCUCCAACAGUGAACCUGUGAUCAUGUGCUUGUAUUCGUAACGUUGACAUCGUGGCCUAACUUCUUCUAGUAAGCUGACUCAAGGUAGUAGCUAUCUGCAAUACACAUUUUGCUUUGGUUUCCGACGGAGCACUGCUGAUGCGGUGCAGCGGUGGCUGAGUACCUGUGAUCCUCUGAAUCUGUGAUUGUAUUCAUGUUCUUGGUAACACCUGCAGCUGUACACGAUACAGAACCAGCAAGAAAGGCAUGUGAGUCCAGCGGGUCGUGGGACCAUGGUCACAUGUAAGCGUUGAGUUGGGUAUUAGUAUGGAGACAGAACUGUAAGCAGUAUGAAGAAAAUGAAUGAAACUGAAUCUUGUCUCCUGUCUUC